CGGUGCCCUUUGUGUCGGGCGGGCGGGCGGGCGGCGCGGGUCAGGCCGGGCCGGGCCGUGCGAGCGCCGCCGCCGCCGCCGCCGCCGGGGCGGGGAGGGGGCACCGCCGGCUCCGCCAUGGUGAAGAAGCGGAAAGGCCGUGUCCUUAUCGACUCCGACACCGAGGACAGCGGCAGCGAGGAGAACCUGGACCAGGAGCUCCUGUCUUUGGCCAAACGGAAACGCAGUGACUCUGAAGAAAAGGAACCACCUGUGAGCAAACCUACAGCAUCUUCAGACUCUGAGACAUCAGACAGUGAUGAUGAGUGGACUGUUGGAGGUUCUAAAAACAAAAAAAAGGGAAAAGCGGGUAAGGCAGAGAAGAAAGGAGCCAUGAAGAAACAGAUGAACAAAGCUGCCUCCUCGGGCAGCUCAGAUAAAGACAGCUCAGCUGAGAGCUCAGCACCUGAGGAGGGAGAAGUCUCUGACUCAGAAAGCAACAGUUCCUCAUCUAGCUCAGAUUCAGAUUCUUCAUCUGAAGAUGAGGAAUUCCAUGAUGGCUAUGGAGAAGACCUGAUGGGAGAUGAGGAAGACCGAGCUCGAUUGGAACAAAUGACAGAAAAAGAGAGAGAGCAGGAACUGUUUAACCGGAUAGAGAAGAGAGAAGUGCUAAAGAGAAGAUUUGAAAUCAAGAAAAAACUAAAAACAGCAAAAAAGAAAGAAAAGAAAGAGAAAAAGAAAAAGCAAGAGGAAGAGCAGGAGAAGAAAAAACUCACACAGAUCCAGGAAUCCCAGGUCAUGUCACAUAACAAAGAGCGGAGAUCAAAGCGGGAUGAAAAGCUAGACAAGAAAUCUCAGGCAAUGGAGGAGCUAAAAGCAGAAAGAGAGAAAAGGAAGAACAGAACAGCUGAAUUGCUUGCAAAAAAGCAGCCAUUAAAAACUAGUGAAGUAUACUCUGAUGAUGAAGAGGAGGAAGAGGAUGAUAAGUCUAGUGAGAAAAGUGAUCGCUCAUCCAGAUCGUCAUCCUCUGAUGAAGAGGAAGAGAAAGAAGAAAUUCCUCCCAAGUCCCAGCCGGUGUCCUUGCCUGAAGAGCUGAACCGAGUGCGGUUAUCGCGGCACAAGCUGGAGCGCUGGUGCCACAUGCCCUUCUUUGCCAAGACAGUCACUGGUUGCUUUGUCCGUAUUGGCAUUGGCAAUCACAACAGUAAACCUGUUUAUCGGGUUGCUGAAAUAACUGGCGUGGUAGAGACUGCAAAGGUUUACCAGCUUGGUGGCACACGGACAAACAAAGGACUUCAGUUGCGGCAUGGCAGUGAUUCACGUGUGUUUCGCUUGGAGUUUGUCUCAAAUCAGGAAUUUACUGAAAGUGAAUUUAUGAAGUGGAAGGAAGCAAUGUUCUCUGCUGGGAUGCAGCUACCCACACUAGAUGAGAUAAACAAGAAGGAAGUGUCCAUCAAAGAAGCUCUCAACUACAAGUUUAAUGAUCAGGACAUUGAAGAGAUUGUGAAAGAGAAGGAAAGGUUCAGAAAAGCACCUCCAAACUAUGCCAUGAAGAAAACUCAGCUAUUAAAGGAGAAGGCUAUGGCUGAGGACUUGGGGGACCAAGAUAAGGCCAAGCAGAUUCAAGAUCAGCUUAAUGAACUUGAAGAGAGAGCAGAGGCCCUGGAUCGUCAACGAACAAAAAAUAUUUCUGCAAUCAGUUACAUCAACCAGAGAAAUAGAGAGUGGAAUAUCGUUGAGUCUGAGAAGGCUCUUGUGGCUGAAAGUCACAGCAUGAAAAACCAACAAAUGGACCCCUUUACUAGGCGGCAGUGCAAGCCCACAAUAGUGUCUAAUUCCAGAGAUCCUGCUGUCCAAGCUGCCAUCCUUGCUCAGCUAAAUGCAAAAUAUGGAUCUGGUGUGUUACCAGAUGCUCCAAAGGACAUGAGUAAGGGUCAAGGAAAAGAUAAAGAUGUGAACUCUAAAUCAGCUAGUGACCUCUCAGAAGAUCUUUUCAAAGUGCAUGACUUUGAUGUAAAGAUUGAUCUUCAGGUUCCCAGUUCAGAAUCUAAGGCACUGGCCAUCACCUCCAAGGCUCCUCCAGCAAAAGAUGGUGCCCCUCGGCGAUCAUUGAACUUGGAGGACUACAAAAAGAGACGGGGGCUUAUUUGAGCAUGCCCACUCUGCUGCUUCUGAUCCUGCAUGCUCCAUGAUGAUGUCCUACUUUUUCUUCCUCCCUUUUCAGUUCUCCCUUCUGGGUUGGAGCAGCAAUGGAGCUGGGAAGAGACUCUUUAAAACUGCCAGUCAUCUGUAACAUAAACCAUUCAACUAUUUACUGUAUAGACCUCCCUUCUUGCCCUUUCCUCUGCUCCCCUCACAAAUGUGGAUCUGUGCUAUUUGGGGUUUUCCCAUUUCUUUUAGUUUGAGUUUUGUUUUUAUUUUGUUGAUGCAGCUCGUUGGUCCACUCUGUGUUCAGUAUUAGCCUGAGGUCUGGAUUUCCAUAGGAAUCUCUUGGCAGUCGCAGAAUCAGCACUUGGUGAUCUCCCCUUACAUACCACCACAGGCACAGUGAAUAAACAUUGGCGCAAGACCUUUGUGGCUGGAAGGUCAUCUGCACUUUCUCCCUCUUCUUCUUCCUCCUUCAUCCUAGCUUUGGAGAAGGGAAUCUUCAAAAACUGGCCUAGGUUCAAAGUGUAAAUUUUUUUGGGAGGGUUGUGUGACUUUUUUUCAGGUGUUUUUUAUCAUUUUUAAGCUGCAGUACUAUUUGUAUCCGUCUGUCACAGUUCUUUACGGCUGUUUUGAAUUUCUACCAGCUGUACUUGAGCAUCUGAAAUUGCAAGAAAGAAACUCAUUAAAUGUGAUUCUUCUUACUAAAACGGCUUGGCUGAUAUAGCUAUUUAACUUCAUGUUCCCUUUUUUAAUUACACUUAACUGAUGAGAAAGAGGUACACAGAUUUUAAUGUGGGACUUGUCAUCUGUAGCACAUCCAGACUACAACUGUAACUGGUGAAGUAGCUUUUUAUGGGGUGGGAGCUCAUUUGGUUGGGCUUUAAUUUCUUCUCUAAGCUUUCAAUAUUACAUAUUUGUUAUCAUGUCUUCACUGGACUCCAGCUCACUUUGUUUCUUGCUUUCUGAACCAUUUAAAUGGGGCUUCUUUCAAUAAACAAAUUUUU